UGUAUUAGACUCUUUUCAACUCAUCAGAUAUACAUUGUGGCAGCAGUACUUCUCUUAUAUUGAGUGUUAUAUAUCUUUGUGAAAGCCAAAUUGCACAGGCAUAAUUGAUCAGAAUGGGUAUUUUGGAUCAUGUCUCUGAGCUUUUCUCCUUUGAGCACAAUCACCACAGCAAGAAGCGCAAGCAACUUCAGACAGUUGAGAUCAAGGUUAAGAUGGACUGUGAAGGUUGUGAAAGAAGAGUGAAGAAAGCUGUGAAAGACAUGAAAGGAGUGAACCAGGUGGAAGUGAAUCCGAAGCAGAACAAGCUAACUGUGACGGGGUAUGUGGAACCUAAAAAAGUGUUGAAGAGAGUCCGGAAUAAGACUGGGAAGCAUGCAGAGUUUUGGCCCUAUGUACCAUAUGAUGUGGUAUACCAUCCUUAUGUUGCUGGGGCUUAUGAUAAGAAAGCUCCUCCAGGGUACGUGCGGAAUGUCCUUGAUGAUCCUAAAGUCUCAAACUUGGCACGUGCCAGCUCCAUGGAGGAGCGCUAUUCCACUGCUUUUAGUGAUGAAAAUCCUAACGCUUGCACUGUUAUGUGAAUUAUGUGUGUAUAUAUAUAUAUAUAAAUAUAUAGCAUGGAUAUUUAAGUUGUAGACUAUUCUAGUUUAUUUAUUUAUUUUUUCUUUUAUUAGGAAUUUUGGUUUUUGAAUUUCAGGGGGUUCUUAUAAGUUGCUUAGUUUAGUAGUUGUGCUGCUGGUGCUUUUGUUUCAAUUUGAUGGUUCAGUAAAAUUUUGUAUGUAUAUCUAUCUGUAUGUCUAUAUUUGGUUUGAGAGUCAUGUUUGAAGGAUCUUGGAUAAAGUAUGUUUGAAGGAUCUUGGAUAAAGAUUGUUGGUUUGUAAGAUUUUAUUUUUUUAAAAAAAUAGAUAUAAUGAAAAAGCAGAGAUUUUGAUGUUUCAAAA